CAGUACACCCUAAACCAUCGUCGCGGUUAGAGGAUCUCUCGCACCUUCGUAUUCGCACACGUGCAUAUAGACACACGCAGGCACGCAGGCCGCACGCAUAUUGUACCCAUACGCAUACACGCGCAUAAUACAUAAGCGCGUACGCGCGUACACGGUGUACCAUACGCAUGCACCAGCGUAGCGUCCACCCACGCACCCGAGGGAGAACGCGUGGCUGUUUAACCCCCCUGUUUACGACCCGGCCCGUCCGCGGCCUGUGUACUCGCUAGCUCGUUUGUUUAUUCAAUCGUCCGCACACCCUGCACCCCGGUGCUCCUCCGAUCACCGCCAGUGAUUUCCAUUCAUUUCGCACACAUACGCGCGCGCUCUCACCCCCCGGUCCCUCCUGCUCCCAGACUGGUGUUCAUUUAUCGUCGCGCCCGCUCCGUCCCUCGUAUGCUACAGUGAAGUUACGAAACAUACCCCCGAUAAUCUCACGUUGAUUUAUGUAUGUGCCGCAGCUUUUUUAAUCGCAUUCCCGCCGCGUCACGUACCAAGUCACGGUCUCGCUCGGCUCCAGCCGGACCGAGUACUUUUGCACCCCCUCGGGGUGCGCUUCAACGUCACCGCCACCGGCGUGGACCCUAAAAUCCAGGCUGCGUGCACGUAACCCAGCACAGUGUCGUGGGACGAAAGUGGCGGGUGGUGUGUUUACUGUGGUGGCGGCGAGGGUAUUAUCCUGACGAAACUAAAACUGGUCAGGUCAGUAACACGGGAUGCGACUAAAGCCCUUCCUCGUAACCUUCUAUCUCCUGUUGCUUUCGAUCGUCUCGACCUAUAUUGCCCCUGCACUAGGUUCUGAUAUACUUCGUUACAAGCGCUCGAGGCAUCGUUAUUUUACGGUGGAGAACAAUGGCGUGUCGCCGGACACCGGGAAUCCUCCGUCCGCCAAGCCGACCUCGGCGGAUGACGGAUCCGCAAACUCGGAGGACCGACUCGCCUACAAGAACGACGACCCGUGCCUGGUGAAGUACUGCGGCGCGGGAAGAGAGUGCCAAGUCUCCGCGGACGGCGAGGAGAUCGUCGCCACAUGCGUCUGCGUUCGUAGAUGCGCGCGGAGGCAUCGACCGGUCUGUGCGAGCAAUGGCAGGGUGUACGUCAAUCACUGCGAGAUGCACCGCGCGGCCUGCGACGCCGGCACGCCGUUAACCACGCGAAGGCUCUCCAGAUGCCUCAGCAACGGUAAUUACAGCGCACAGGCACGGAAGGAUUUCUUCGCGUACCAUGUCUCCUCCAAAGGCAAGAGUAUCGCCAAGUAUGCUAAGUCGAAGAAUAAAAUGAAGCAUCAUCCGGCGAGCAAAUCGAUUCCGCGAAAGAACGGCCACGGUAUUGAGGAGUGUUCGGCGCAGGAAUACGAGAUUAUGAAAGACAACUUACUCCUGUAUAGCCACGCCAGAUUAAUGGCCGAGGAUAAUCACAGCAAGGAAUACUUGGUCAGCAUCAUGUUUUCUCACUACGACAGAAACAAUGACGGUAAUUUGGAACGGGAGGAGCUCGUGCAGAUCGCCAAGGAGGAAAACAUGGAGGAGCUAUCCGCGGGAUGCAACUUGAGCCACAUGAUCAGCUACGAUGACACCGAUGGUGACGGCAGAUUGAACGUUAACGAGUUCUACAUGGCCUUCAGCAAGCUUUACAGUGUAUCGGUGGUAUCGUUGGAUAAAUCCCUCGAAGUGAAUCACAUAUCCGCGCGAGUCGGGGACAACGUUGAGAUUAAGUGCGACGUCACCGGAACACCACCCCCGCCUUUGGUCUGGCGCCGUUAUGGCACAGACGUGGAAACCCUCAGUGAGCCGGAGAUUCGCGUUCUCAACGAUGGCAGUCUCUAUCUAACAAACGUGCAAUUGGAACAUGCCGGUAAUUACACGUGCCACGCUCUCAGGAAUCAAGACGUGGUGCAAACUCACAUGCUCACUAUAUACACCGUGCCCGAGGUCAGGGUGACACCACAGUUCCAAUCCAAGCGGCCGAAAGGAACGGCAAGGAUGAAGUGCCACGUGAUAGGCGAGCCGCUUCCGCGUGUACGAUGGCUGAAGAACGACAAACCCCUGAGCGAGGAUCAACCGGACAAGUACGACGUGAUCGGCAACGGUACCAAAUUGCUAAUCAGGAAGGUCGAUUAUGCCGACACCGGGGCUUACAUGUGUGAAGCGACCAGCGCUGGGGGACUAACGAGAGACAUCAGCAGCUUAGUGAUUCAGGAGCAACCUACACCGAUUGCGACAGACGAAGAACGCAGAUUCUUAUCUUUUCACGAGUGGGGCAUUUUAGUAUAUGAACCAUCUACGUGCCAUGCGUUGCACGAAAUCCAUUCCACAGACAUUAUACCUGGUACCCAGGAAUACGUCUGCGGGCCUAAAAAUGUCCCCUGUUCUUGGGGACGCGCCAUAAACGUUGCCGAUAGAUAUGUGUACGUUAGCCAACCGGAUAAGAACCGCGUGCUUGUGAUCAGCGAAGUGCAGAUGAUGAUAAUUGAUGUGGUGGCUACUGACAAAAACCCGGUGGAUCUGUGGUAUAUACAAAACCUUGACUACGUCUGGGUGUUAAACUGGAGGAGCGAAAUGGACGUCGGUAUCAAGACCGUGCAAAUAAUUAAAGAAGCUGCCCAACGAAAGAAACACCAUACCAUGCGACCCGAGCCCAUCGAUGCGCAAUUUGAUCUCGUGAGAGGCCUGUACAUUCCGCAGCAGCGAGAUACAAAACACACAUUCAAGUACGGUUACGUGACCCAUACGAAUCAACAUGGAAUGUACAAGCUCGAUCUGGUCGACAUGAGAUAUACUCGUACUGUGAACCUGGCCAACUACAACUGCGUGCCAACAAGCAUGGAAUUCUCGGACCUUUACGGUUUUGUGAUACUGGAAUGCGAAGAGCCGAUCACUGGCCGACCGACCGGUCAAGUACUGUUAGAUUACCUUACUGAUAGCGUUCUCGCUCAUAAACCGAGCAUCCUGGGGAAGCCGGCAAUUUCUCCCGAUUCCAGAUAUCUGGUUACUCUCGACAAACAAAACACCGGUGUCACACUCGUGGUGCAGGAGAUAUUACCAAGCGGACUAAAAUUCGCUUUUGACGUGAAAACGACUUUAAAUAUCAGCGAUAUUGCCUUCUAUCCAUCGCAAACGACACAUAGUUACGAUAUAUACGCUUCAUCGACAGACAAAGAAGACAUCCUCUUCCUAGAUUUAACUACUGGAAAAGUAGAAAUGAUAACAGGCGUUGGGAAGGCAACACCACCACAUCUCACCAAAUGGGGUAAUCCGAAUAGACCGAUAAUACAAAGCGGUAUAUUUGGUCGAUAUAUGGUAAGCCCCUCCAACCAGGCGCUCUUUGUUCUCAACGGGGAGACCCGUACGGUGAAUUGCGAGAUUGGUGGCCUUAUACAUCCCGGCGCGAUUGUUUGGUUCACUGUUUCGUUGCGUUAAUGAAUGUAGCUUCGUGACGACGACAAUAUGAGACGUAUGUUACGUAUAUAAAUUGAACAUAGGAAUCCGAGUGGGUACCAAAGCCAAUAUACCGAAAAACUAGGUGGUAUUAAAGGUAACGUAGAGAGACUGUGCGAUAAACGCUUUCAUCUUCUCUAGAUAAUUAAUUUUAAAACAAAUGUCUCGCGUUUAAAUAUUUUUGCAUUGUGGCUGCGCUCUAAUUGAGAAAAACAGCAAUGCUGUUUCGAAGCAAUAUCCGGGGCUCGAUGUAACGGCGAAAAUAGUGUCAAUGAUAGAUAACUGUAAUAUAUCAAAUUAAUUAAUUUAUAUUAGAUAUUUAAACCUAUAUUAAUCCAUACUAAUCAGAUUAAAUUAUUUAAUCGUGUGUUAGUGAAAGGUCAAUUAAACUAAGAGAUAAAAAUUAAAUUAUAUGGAAGACGAUAAAGACGUUAAAAGUUUUUAAACGAAUCUCUAAUUUUAAAGAAUAAAAGUUUAUAAUUGUUACAUAGACAUUCUUAUCAAUUAUGAAACAAUAUGAAACUAUUUAAUAAAACUGUGACAUAUUAUCCACAUGAAAAGAACUACAAUAUUCGGACAGUAUCACACUUUUGGAAUUAAAAUAAUAAAAGUUAAAUGUAAAUUUUGUUACCGAUACAUAUCAAUUGUCAACUGCCAAAACUGUGUCAAAUAUUAAUUGCUUAUAUCAUUGCUAUAUCUCUGAUCGGCAAGCAGUCAUGAUGCCGACAAUUUAAACCAAUGUAUUUCAAAUGAGAUUUUAUGUCACACUUAAAAAUUAUUACAAUACGAUGAUUAAAGAGACAAUUAAUGCAAAGUACUUACAACAAUUGGAAAAUGAGAAUUCAAAUUGUACCACUUGCAAUCUUUGAUACAUACGGACACAAUAUACUCGUGUGUUACCAGCACUCUAGAGAAGAUGAACAGAUUACGUCGAAACAUCGAGUGCAUGAGAAUAGCGAAGAGUGUUGAAAAACAUAGACGACGAAGAAACGGCCGUAAUAGAGGAACAAAGAGAGUAAUAUUAAGCUAUACAUAACGUAAAUGUAAUACGAUCGGAGUGUAAACAAGCUACUAUUAAUUGUAGCAUCAUGUGCGUAUGUUGAGUGGAGCAGAUGCACCAGUGAGAAUGGCCGUUUAAGAGAGAAGAAAUAUUCUAUUAUAUAAAUAAUUUAAAAGUGUUUUCUUUCCUAUAAGUACAAAUUAUUUCGUUGUUCUUAACUCCUCUUAGGUAUCGCGUAAAACAGUUUCAAGUUUAGAACUUCGAGUAUUAACAACGUAUAGAAUUAAAAAAUUGACUAUUUCAGAUUAUAAUAACGGGAAGAGGAGUAAACUGUUAGAGUAAAUAACUGCUUUAAUCCAUAACUGUACGAUAAUUAUUAUAUAACUGUACACAAUGAUUCAUAUUAUCACGUUCUCAGUUUUAGAAAAGAAAAUAUAUCUAGACUUAUACACAUUUUAUAAUAACCACCGAAAUAACGAAAUAUGUGGUUAUUUAGUGCUAAAAGGUCAUUCGCUGAUACUCAUACCCUAUAGGAAAAUACCGAAAUCAGUUGAGUGUGUUACCGCGCACGAAUUUAUGUGAAAGCGUAUAAUUUUAAUGAUCGAAAGAUGCCUUUUAUGAAUUUAGAUUUUGGAAAUACAUUCUACAUUACCGAUUGGAAGAAAUUUAUUUAUUCUGUAUUAUCGAUUGCCAAAUUACACAGUUAGUCGCUAUAGAUUUCGUAACAAUAGAUAUAACUGUAACGUCACAACAAUAAUAUAGUGUCCCAAAAUUUACGAAUAAAAGUAGAGCAGGAGAAUUGGCAGCGUAUACUAAAUAAAACUUAUAUUUCUGGAUACUUUGUAUGUAUUUUGGCAAAAUUACGUGACGUAUGCGCUGUUAGUGCAUCCAAACGAGUUUGCUACAGGGGAUUAAAAAUGCCCGUCGAGAGAUUAAAAAAGUCGAUUCGGAGGAAAUUAGCGCGCGACGGCAAUAGCGUUCUUUUAUACCAUAGAAAGUGUCGAGAAGCUUGGAGUCGGUUUUACAAACGGAUCGACAAACGGAAAUGUUCGUUGAACCGAUUCUAAUUGCGCAUACGCGUCAUCAAGUUACAACGUAGCGUAUUAUAACAAUUUAUAGCAAUUCGCGAGAUAUGUGCGUGGAACAUCAGUAUUACAUCGAUGCCGUGCUAAUGCGAGCGCGUGUUGAACUGCGAUUAGUGUCUUGUAAUAAAAAUUGCGAUAUACAUACAACUAAUUUAAUAAAUAACCCAUGAACGU